AUGCUAUCCAGAUCGCUGGUAAUAGGAAUCACUCUUCGCGUUCUAUGCUUCAUCUACAUGCAGCCGUUUCUUCUAAAACGAGCGGAGUUGACAUCACCACUAGUGUCAUAUCGUCGUCUUCAAGAUGGUAUAGCAAUGUAUAGGGACGAAAUUUCACCAUAUCAAGGAGAUCUCUUCCACUUCGUGAGUUAA